AGGGUUAGGUUGUCAACUGUCUGAUUGGACCAUAACAAACCAAUCCACCCACUUAUUUGUGCUUCUGAGAGUCAAGAAGGAGGUCGAAGUUUACCGAGUCUGCGCCUGGCUGGUAUCAACAAGACACGAGGCCGAAGACAUGUUAAAAUAAAUCGAACCACCGGAAUUUGCACGCGAUAGUUAAUGAACGGUUCUUGCGGAGAUUCGGUGCGAUUGCACGGUGGAUACAUGUGGUCGUAGCUAGUUUAUCUUGAUAGAAGCAAGUGAAGACAGUUAGCCAACCAUCAAAGCCUAACGGGGAAGUACCCCCAGACAAGUAGCGGGCUGAAGCCAAGGGUUUCUUCGAUAAACAAAAUCGUAUGACAAAGGAGCAGUAGGACAUCUUCUAGCCAGUCGCUUACCGUGUUCACAACACCGAUAUCUUGCUAUAGGCUCCUUUGUGCUUUAACGUGUCUUCUAGUGCUCGUUGUUUGAAGCGUCUACCUACUACAGACUGUUUUGGUGCAGCGACGCCUGUAUGAGUGCCUGCAUAGCCACACACUAUAGCUGGCUGAUAUUACAUUGGAUCUGGCUCACAGCCGUGCAUCUACUGUCACAUUAUGUCGCUUUUAACGUCAAAAUACUAAACUGCGGAGCUCAUUUAGUUGUGAACUCGGAAGCAGAGGUUCUGAGCCAGAUAUCUAACUGAACAGCUGACGAGUCGGUCGAGUGGAGCAACAUUUCCUCGCCUUGCUGUGUCAUGACAUUAAAGUGCAAGUCAAGUCAUUUCAGAGAGUGCGCAAAGAUAGGAACAUUUGGCAUAAGUAGAUAGGUGGGGGACAGGAAUCCUACAUUAAAGUUGGCUACUGUCGACCGUAAGUUGAACCAAAGGACUUUUUAUUUGUAGGUCGGUCUCGACAGCACAGAAUGAAGAAGUUCUCCCGUAUGUCGGAGAGCGGCGGUCCGGGAGGGGGGUCCGGUUCGGGAUCUGGAGUAGUUAGUAACUGCUUCGGGAAAGUGUUCGCCGUGGGCCGGUAUCAAGUCACGGUGGAAGAACUCAUCGCAGAAGGUGGGUUCUCUGUGGUGUUCCUGGCCCGGACACACAGUGGCAUGCGUUGCGCUCUCAAGAGGAUGUAUGUCAACAACGUCCCUGACCUCAACAUCUAUAAGAGAGAGAUCACUAUUAUGAAGGAGUUGUCUGGUCAUAGGAACAUAGUGAACUACCUGGACUCUACCAUCAACUCAGUAGGGGACAGUGUGUGGGAGGUGCUCAUUCUCAUGGAGUACUGUAAAGCUGGUCAGGUAGUGAAGCAGAUGAAUCAGCGUCUCCAUAUAGGGUUUACGGAACCGGAGGUGUUGACCAUCUUCACUGAUACCUGUGAGGCUGUGGCCAGGCUGCAUCAGUGUAGAACCCCUGUCAUACACAGGGACCUGAAGGUAGAGAACAUCCUCCUGAGUGAUAAUGGGAGUUAUGUUCUGUGUGAUUUUGGAAGUGCUUCUCUCAAAGUGCUGCUUCCACAUAAAGACGGAGUGACCGCCGUGGAGGACGAAAUCAGGAAGUACACGACCCUGUCUUAUCGAGCUCCAGAGAUGAUCAACGUGUACGCAGGGAAGGCCAUUACCACCAAGGCUGAUAUAUGGGCCCUUGGUUGCUUGUUGUACAAGCUGUGUUUCUUCUCGCUACCGUUCGGGGAGAGUCAAGUCGCCAUAUGUGAGGGAACCUUUGUCGUUCCCGACAAUUCCAAAUUCUCCUUCAAGCUGCACUGCUUAAUCAGAUAUAUGCUUGAGCCUGACCAUGAGAAGAGACCAGAUAUCUAUCAAGUCUCCUACUUUGCCUUCAAGUUAGCUGGAAAGGAGUGUCCUGUGCCAAAUCUCUUUAACUCUCCUCUCCCCACGUCGCUUCCUGAGCCGCUCACAGCCAGCCAAUUCGCUGCCAGGAAGAGUAUGACGAAAGCCAGAAUCACAGAGUCCGUGGGCCCGACGGCAACUUCCAUCACUCCGAGACAAAGACCCAAAGCUACAAACAGUUAUGUGCUACCCAUUCCUGUAGCAACCGGCACCCCGGUCGCUGCCACGCCCAUCGGCACCCCUACAGCUGAGCCUUCUGUACCUGUCAGCAAUGGGCAGAAAGUGACCACCCCAGGGAAUGGGCAGCCGGUGGCUCCACAGACAGCCAACAGGGUCCUCCAGCAGCUGCAGCCUGGGGACCUGCGUCUACAACAACAAGAUCCACUUCACCCUGUCCAUCCACAGCAGCUCCAAUACCUUCAGUACCAGCAGGCCCUUCAGCAGUCGAUCCAGCUCCAACAGCUGCUCCAACAGCAGCAGCAGCAGCAGCAGCAGGCCCUGCUCCAACAACCGAUGAUGAUGCAGCCCAUGAAUCAGCAACAACAGACUCUCUAUGCAGCCAUGAUGCACCAGUACCAACGGGCUUUUGCACAGCAACAGCAUCAACACCCCACCCAGCAGCCCUAUCCUCUGGAGCUUCCCCUGGGCUCCUAUAACCCUGCUGGGCCUGUGCCUGGGACUAUGUCCCCCGUGGAGGCUCCAUCCACUAGCACCAGUAGAAGCCCUCUGGUGGACUUCAAGGUGACCACCCCUCCUCCCCAGAGCCACCCUCCUGACAUGUCCCGAUGGAACCCCUUUGGAGAGGACAACUUCUCCAAACUGACGGAGGAGGAGCUGCUGGACCGAGAGUUCGACCUCCUCAGAGCAAGUAAACCUCUGGAGAGAACCAGUAGCCAGGAGGCAGACCGACCGCUGCAGCCAAUCACCCCUGAAGACCUGUUUGGCUCCUCCCCCUUCCUGUCUAGUGCAGGUUCUAGUGUGGCGGUGAUAACUGAUCAGCCUAUUGAAGAGCUCAGUAACCCAGUCGCUGCCCCCGUACCUGUUCCUGUGGGCCAGCCAGCCCUUGAGGAAGUGCUGCAACCUCCGGUGGCAAAGGAGCACAAACCAAGUAGGAGGAGAAACUCUCCUAUUGGCGGUUCACAAACGACUCGCAAACCAGGUGGUGACGAAUCAGACAGUGACUUUGAGUCAGAUCCUCCUUCCCCUAAGAGCAGCGAGGAGGAAGACGACCCGGGGGACGACGAAGGUCUGAACAACGAGCACAGAGAGUUCUUCAACGAACUGGACGAUUUGGAGGAAACGGAGAUGCUGGGACAUAGGCCUCUGCUGAUGGACUCAGAGGCUGAGGAAGAGUAUGACAAACACAGCUCCGACUCAGACUAUGAACCCAGGAAGGUUAAAGAAGGACUUACUAGGAAGCUAAAAGGAGGAGUGGCUACUGCCACCCAUGAGGGAAGUCCGAAAUUGGAGUCAGAAGACACACUAAUCACGAUUACGCCUCCCGAGUCACCUGGUGUGGUGGCUGUUAGAGCUUCCCCUUGUGUCGGUGGCAUUGUGGAUGUGUUUGGUGAGGAUGUGUUUGGUGCUGUGCCCUUCUUUCCUCCAGCGGCAGCUCCAACAGAAAGCGCAGACAUCUUCUCCGCGGCUCCCUUCAGACAGGUGAGCCAGGAGGCCAUAGUCAACCAGCCCAGCCAGGCCUUGGACGAGUUAGACGUCUUCACUAAGGCUCCGUUCAGCCGGAACCUCUCCAAAUCUGGCAAGACUGGAAGCAGCGACUUCUCUAUGGGUCGGACUCCGCCGGUGUCCCCUGACAGCAUCGACCCGUUCGGCUUCUCUCCCUUCCAGCCCGGCCCCACGGGUCUGCCACCAACCACCUCCAGGAGUGCCGAGGACAUCUUCCGUCCAGCCUUCGAGAAUUCUCUCAGCCCACAGCAGCAGAGGCUGAAGCAGCGUAGCCUCCAGAAGUUGUCCUCACGUCAGAGGAAGUUCUCUGGUGGCACCAGCGGUGGCAGCAAUGGCAAGCGUCACCACGGCACGCCCACUGGCGGUCGCAAGAACAACAAGCCCAGCUUCCGAACCCCCGAGCGCGUCCGCCGGCACAAGAAGGUUGGCCGGAGGGACUCCCAGAGCUCCAACGAGUUCCUCAGCACCUCAGACUCCAAGGAGAACAUCGGCGUCGGCGGCGUAACGAUAGCAGACACCGACAAAGACAAAGGGGCUUCCCUGCCUAGCCUUCCUCAUGAGGUUGACCCCUUCGGAGCCAAUCCCUUUGGUCCUCAGGAUGGCAGCCGACUUAACCAGUACCAAGGUCUUCUGGGGGACAGCAAGGCAGACAUGGGUUCGGCCAAUGGCAGGCCUCGGACUAGCUCCCUCCAUGAUGCGUUUGGGGAUGGGAACAUCAUGGAUGACUUCGGAGCGGUACUCUUCACAGAACUGGUGGAGCACCCUGGGCCUGAACAGCAGCCGUCACAGCCAGUAGAGCUGGAUCCUUUCGGGGCUGCACCGUUCCCCUCCAAACAGUGAAUGUCUUGCUAGUCUUCCCGCCACACACACUGCUGCGUUACGCCAAGCCUAUGGAGUCCCGGGGAGAUAUUCCCUUCCAAGGGAUGUCAACUAGCUUGGUGGUGUGGUAGUUGAUUCUAUUUCCAGCCAAAUUUAACCUCGAUCGGCAUCUGCGCUAAUGUGUUUCCAAUGCUCCCCCCCAAAGGGAUAUUUUAAAACAUGAAUACCUGGACUUUGGGAUUAACUAAACCAACAUAAACCUGUGGCUGAAUUUUAUUUCAGGUUCUGUAUGAAUUUCCUUCACCUGUACCUGUUAGUUGACAAGCCUUUUAUGCUGCGUCGCAAUACGUGUCUCUGAGACAUGGAGAUCGAUUUUUGGUUUCACUCAAGAUCAUACUGUGUCAACCAACAAGAUUGCUCAGUUUUCAGAUCUCUUGAGUUGCUGCAAAAACAACUUUUUUUUUGUAUUUUCUUUUUCUUGUAAAGAGUGUGGCCUCCAUGAUCUACCAAUAAGAUUUAAUUUAACACCAUAAAGCCUUAUAAACAUUCUCUGCCUUGCUGCACAGUACCUCGGAAGCCAUUUCCUGCCAAAUGGUUUUGCCUUUUUGUGUCAACGGAGUGAUUCGUUUCAGAGCCUUUAUCACUUUGUCAUUUCACCCUUCUUAGACCCUUUCAUUUCUAUAUAUUUUAUAUAUAUAUUUUUUUUUUCCAUUUAGUCUACUUUAUAGUAGUAGAUAACAGCUAAUUUAGUUUGUUGGGAUUUUUUCAUUGCAAUAUAUUCACUAGAAUGAAAGGGAUUCUUCGGGUUUGUUUCAUUUCUUUUUAAAGAUGACUUAUUUUUAUUAUUUAGGAUUUUUCAUUUUAGGUUUAAUUCCAGACUUUGAACUUGUCAAUAAGUACUGUUUGAAUGUUAUCUUUUACCUCAAAACAAUAAAAAAUCAAAAUCAUUAUCAUUUUUGAAUAAGGGGGAAAACACAACCCAUUUUUCCUACAUGGCGAUAUUGAAUAUAAUAAUAUAUCUGACUACUUCCACCUCUUGAGACAGUCUUCUGUCUUUGGUAACAUAAACCAUGCCAAAUCUCCUACCAUUUACUUGUAGUCUAAUUAGAAUCAGGUCAUGUGUCCAAAUUGUUUAAAUUAAUGCACUUUCAGCGUCGACUCUUCCAUUGGCUAGUCAUUAUGGCAAUUAUGAAUCUGAGGCUACAGAAAGGACAAAUAUGUCGCUGUCUGAUAACCCCGUAACACUAUUAUUAUUUGUUUUCAUUCUAUUGAAAGCAGUAACUCUCAAUCUACUCUGAACAUUUCAUGACUCGGAUCAAGAAGCUAUUCAAAAUGGCUUUACAAUUAUGAAACUUGUAUGUUCAUUAAGGGGGGGAAAUAUGGAUUUACAUUUUUUUAAAUUAAAAAAAAAAAGUUUGUUUAGGAGAUGAGAUGAUUCUCAGACAGUGACGAUAUGUACCAACCUUUGGCACAUUAACUUGGACUGAAAAAAGCUUGUAGCUGCCUUAUUCACCUAGCCUAUGGAACCCUGUGGUUUAACAUUUUACGUUUCAUUUUUAUUUAAUCUGGUUUUGUAUUUAUCAUGUUAUACCGCUGUCCAAUAAACAAGUUUGAUUAAA